AUGAUAUCAACAAUCCCCCUCAGCGCGGGACGCCGACGCGUCUUUGGCUCCGUCUUCUCCCCCGCGUCACUCGAAGCUCGGCCACCAUUCGCAUCCAAUUCAAACGAGGGGACUCCGAACGCCUCCUUUCAAUCGACCUCAACAGUUCGAAACGAGUCAUUUGGAUCAAUCUACCAGCCCUUGAACAAUACUCCAGACCGACUAGCAUGGGACCAAGCGUGGUCUGCCGCAACGGCUUUCCUAUCCGUACCCGAUCGAGGGUUUGCGCCCAUUUACGAUUACAGAGAGACCGAUGGGAGCGAACUCUUAAAUAAAUGGAAUCGGGUCAGCCCUCCGUCCAAGGAAACUGGAGAGGCGCUGGCAUAUUUGACAGCUGCCGCGCAACACGGACAAUCGGCACAGAAUAAUUUAUUUGAUUGGUAUGGCGACGAGAUACGGAGACAUUUUCUCACAAAUCUUCGGACCGAGCUCUUUGAACUUCUUGUCCGCCCUGAGAAGGAGGGUCUGCUAAGGACAAUCGUGGACUGUUUGCAACUGGCCCGGAGAAUCUACCUUGCACCCAUCGUGCACUACUUGAUGCCUCUCAUACCGAUAUCCGAACAAGGGCGCAUUUUAACCCAGACACAACGAGUUCUUCAUACAGUUGUUUCAUAUUCAUUGCCUUGGGAACACAUCUCAACACUACUGGCUGGCGAGCUGUCACGAGACGCGCUUGUUAUUAUGGGCAUUGAUACACUGGUCGAAGAUUCAACCUCAGAGGAUGUCAGCCAGGAUGGUAUGGAGGUAGACCGACAAUAUUCCGUCUCGUAUGAGGAUUGGAAAUCGAGCGAUUCAGAUGCCCAGGCACGGAUUAUGACUGAGGGAGAGCCUGGAUCUGUUACUGUGGCUCGUGACCGACUUUUGGCUUUCCUCAAUGGCUUGCAACUCGUGGGACUUGGUGGAGACAAGGCCCAGAAGGUUUUUGCCAGCGUAAUGAAUGUAAUGAUGACUGCAUUCGUGCGCGCGGCAUACACCGGUGCGGCUUAUAAUGGCCGAUGGGAAAGGCCAACGUUGGUUGCCCAGCAUUUAAAACACUGGGUUGAAAAUAUCUUCGCUAGGCUUGCAGUUCAAGUACUGGCAAUUAUUCACACGCCUCCUGCUGGUAAUCAGAUGGCGGGUGCCAUGGAUGUCAGUUUUGGAGACGUGGAGAAGUGGCAAGAGAUUGCUAUUGCCCGGUUGGGUGCUCUCCGAACUAGUGAGCUUUUUGAUGUAAUUGUGGAAUGGCCUGUGAGCUCUGGUGCCAUUGAGGACUUGCGACAUUUCACAACACAUCCUGCAGCUAGAGCACAUGUCACGCAGUCAUUCAUUGCCAUCCUAAACCAACGUCUUUUACACCCUGGUGCCUCCACAGUUCAGAUCCUGCAACUGUACAUCUCAAUUAUUCGCGCUUUCCAUCUCUUGGACCCGAAGGGUGUGCUCCUUGAUCGGAUUGCCCGACCCAUUCGACGUUAUUUGAGAGAACGUGAGGAUACAGUGCGGGUUAUUGUCAGUGGUCUACUGGCAGAGCCAUCAUCCACUGCCGCCACGGAGGCACCGUCAUUAUCUUCCGGAGAUACUCUGGCAGAAUUGGCGACGGAGUUGACAAGGGCACACCAGCUGUCCAUGAAUCAGCAUGACAGUGAGCUUGACUGGAAUGACAUGAACUGGAUGCCUGACCCCAUUGAUGCUGCGCCUGACUAUCGGAAAGCAAAAGGCUCCGAUGUUAUUGAUAGUCUCAUUAGCCUGUUCGACUCGAAAGAAACCUUCGUCAAAGAAUUGCAAACUCUCUUGGCUGAUCGCCUCUUACAGAAGCGUGAGGAGUACGACCAAGAGAUUUCAGUCCUUGAACUCCUCAAAGUGCGCUUCGGUGACUCGGCUCUACAGGCGUGCGAGGUAAUGCUUCGCGAUAUCCAUGACUCUCGCCGUGUCGACGUCGUUGUACGCAACGAUCAAGGAUUCAACAAGCAGCCCUCACGCUUGACCUCCAAGCGAGUUCCAAGACGAGACAUACCGGAGCUUCACACCAAGAUCUUGUCACGCUUCUUUUGGCCCGAGAUCCAAGACCAGGAAUUCAAGGUUCCAGCAGAGAUUCUCUCUCUACAAGAGAAAUAUUCCGAAGGCUUCGAGGCUCUCAAGCAAUCUCGCAAGCUUACAUGGCGUAACGGUCUCGGCCAAGUCAAUGUUGAACUGGAGCUGGGCGACCGUUCAUUCGCAGAUGAAGUCACCACCUGGCAAGCUACUGUAAUCUACGCCUUCCAAGACAACUCCGACGAGCCAGUCACGAAAACCGCAUCCGAGCUCGCGGACUCUUUGGAAAUGACACCACCCCUAGUCCGCAGUGCCUGUCUCUUCUGGGUCAGCAAGCGUAUCCUCACAGAAGUCCAACGUGACACGUACCGGGUUCUUGAAUUCCUCCCCACCGAAGACAGGCACCGCGCAGUAGGUGAGUCCGGCUCAAUGGCCGGAGACGACAAUCCGACCGACGAUGCAGAAAACGCCGCAGUUGCAGCUGAAGCUGCUGCCGCUGCCGCGGCUAAGGAAACGGCUGAAGCGGCCGCUAUGGAGAAGAUGAACCUCUACUGGCAGUUUAUCUGUGGAAUGCUCACGAACCAAGGCUCCAUGCCUUUGCAGCGCAUUGUCAUGAUGCUUUCCAUUGUUGUUCCCGGUGGAUUCCCCUUUAGCCACGAGGAACUGCGCGAGUUCUUGGCUGGUAUGGUGUCAAAAGGAAAACUGGAGAUUGUUAGUGGGGGCAGUUACAAGCUUGUGCAUUAA